GGGUUGUCUAGAAAUACGGAACUUCCGUAAUCCUAGAAUCAAAGGGUACCGUAACCCUAGCCACUGCCACACAAUAAACCGCCCUUGGAUUAAAUACUCUCUUCAUAGAAGGAUUUCCCGCAAGAAAUGAAAGUGACAGAAUGUUGUUAGUUUUAAUUUCUUUGUCACUUUUCGCUGUGAUAAACACAUCUCCAACACGGAAUAACCUGCAGCAUGUUAUGGGACAUUUGCAGAAAACUGAUAAGUUCAAAAAGAUAAAAACAGAAGUUGAAAAUGGACUGCGGCCAUAUUCUUCAAAAGUAUCGCACGAUGUACUUCGUGCACUGAAAGAUCCUAUCUCUUUUACUGGGAAGGACAACUCUAGCGGGUGUACAUGUCAUGGCUACAACUGUGGCUGUUGUGCCCAUGUAGAAUUGGAUAAAAUCCAUCUCAAUGAUACAGUUUGUGCAAACUUUUCAUUACCUGCGCCGGAAUAUGGAAUAUCUGUCACUUUAACUGUAGAUGAUAAGACAAUUAUCAGCGAAACUGUGUCUGCUGAUGAGUUCAAAAAGAUAAAAACAGAAGUUGAAAAUGGACUGCGGCCAUAUUCUUCAAAAGUGUCGCACGAUGUACUUCGUGCACUGAAAGAUCCUAUCUCUUUUACUAGGAAGGACAACUCUAGCGGGUGUGCAUGUCACGGCUACAAUUGCGGCUGUUGUGUCCAUGUAAAAUGGGAUAAAAUCAAACUCGAUGAUACAGUUUGUGCAAACUUUUCAUAUCUUCCUGCGCCAGAAUAUGGAAUAUCUGUCACUUUAACUGUAGAUGAUAAGACAAUUAUCAACGAAACUGUGUCUGCAAAGAAUCCACCUCCAGUUUGUGUUGCGGUACCACACCUGAAGAAGUAUGCAAGUCUGUGUGUCAAGUUUAAGGAUCUUUCAAUCUCCAAUCAUUCCUUCUCGGGCUGUGUGUUCAUUGAGGCGGAACUUCUAAAAAUCAAAAUAGAAGAAUUGAAAAUUGGAUGUUUCAAGAUCCCACCAGGAAAUGAAAUUGGCACCUCAGAUGUGAACACCUAUUUACACCAGAUUGGUAGGGCAAAGGCAGUUGGUGUUAAGAGAGUUGGAUAUUGGAACAGUCAUCAUGACAGUUCAAAGAUGUAUUUUAAGUCUUUGAAAAACUCACCAAAUAAGCAGAUUUAAGGAGAUCUUUAUACCUUAGAUUGAAAACAGUAACAUUCCAUUUUAUAAUUUGAUGUCCAAUUCUUUGAUUAUUUCAUCAUUGCCACUAAUCUUGAAAAAUAAGAGACAGUGUUUGCGAGUUUCAGAAUUUUGAAAAUUGGGCAGUCUAAGAAAAAUUAUUUUCUUGAAUUUAUUAUUUGUUAUUUGUUUCACUUCAUCAUCCAUAUCAUAUGACACAAGGUCCAUAACUCUGGCACCAGUUUUUUAUGAGUUAUGCCCCCUCUUACUUAGAAUUUAAGGUUAAUUUUGAUGCAUUUUCAGUAUAUCUCUGUUAUUACAGAGAGGAUUUGAUUCAAACUUAAAAUGGUUGUUCAGCAUCAUCACUCACAUUAUAGUGACACAAGGACCAUGACUCAUGCACCAGUAUUGUAUAAAUUAUCCCCCCUCCCUUUUUUACUUGGAAUUAAAAAUUUUGGUGCACUUUCACUCUAUCUCAGUAAUUACUAAAUGGAUUGAUUUGAACUUAAAGUAAUUGUUCCACAUCAUUACUGACAUCAUUUGACACAAGAACCAUCACUCUUGCACCAAUAUUUCAUAAAUUAUGCCCUCUUUUGUCUAUGAAUUCCAUUUUAAUUUUGAUGCUUUUUCACCAUGGACCUGUUAUAAAUACUUAUUUGAUAUUUUGAUACACUUUAUCUUUAUCUCUCUUAUUACUUAAUACAUUUGACCCAGACUCAAAAUGUUGUCCAAUAUCUUCAUCCAUAUUGGAGUUAUUAAACACUAGUGACAGCUCCAGUUUCCUCAGAUGUGCUCUGUUUCACUAUCCAGCAUUGAAAUAGUUGAGCGUGCUGUCUCCUGUACAUGUGACAGCUCUUGUUGUAGUUUCUUGGUUUAAAUAAUUUGCUUAGGUCCACUUUUUCCCAAAACCUAUAAGAGCUACAGCUUUGAAACUUCGCACACUUGUUUAUCAUCGUUAGGUGAGUAAGUAGACCAAGAACCAUAACUCUAACCUGUGUUUUGUCAGAAUUGUGGUCCUUUUUCAGUUUUUUUACUUCGAAAAUCUUAACUGUAACUGUUCUCUUACGUAUUGUUCAGCACUUGCAAACGAGCAAUGGCACCUGCAGCAGUGGUCAUUUUGAAAAAAGUUAUGCUCAUUUUUCGACUUUUUAUAUUCAUUCAGUUAACUUCCUUUGAUGACAUGGCUGUUGAACAGUCAGGUUUUGCUGUCCUGCAACAACUAUUGUAAUUUUAUUUUAUUUAAGAAAUAAUUUAUAGCAAAAGAGUGUUUUAACACUAUUUAUGCAUGAUGGGCAGUUAUACGUCGUGCAUAAUGAUUCCACGAGGGCGCAGCCCGAGUGAAAUUAUUUGUAUGAUGUAUUACCGCCAGAGUGUAUAAAUAGUGUUAAAUCAUGGUUUUGCUAUAAAUUAUUUCGAUUCUUAUAUGCUCUAAAUCUAAAACAAUAGAUAAGAUAUAGUAGCGCUCUUUCUUGGUUGCAACAAAAACAUCGACGUCACCGCACAUUAACGUGAUGUCAUUCUAGCGUAAGAGUGUUUUAGCAGAGAAAAGCAUCUUAGAAAUGUGUAUAUUUACAUUCACUCUAUGUGUUGUACAUAAAAAUAAAAGAACAUAUUUUCGUAUAAGCAAUUAUAUUUCAUAUCAAGGGUGGCCUUCUUUAGCCAAAUUCAAUGCGAUCUGAUGUUAUAAUUAUAAUAAACUUGAACAAAAUGAGAUCAGUUAAGAAAUCUUUUAGCAAACACCAAAAUUUCAGAAACUUUUUUUCUUAUGGUAAAGAUAUAAGUUGAUUCGAAUCAUGAAUUUUUAUCAGAAUGAGAAUUUACAGUGUUUAAUUUACAGUAACACGGACAAGGCAUUGUAAUUAAAAACACAAACUUGAAGUAGGCACUAUCUAUUUUAGAUAUAUAUGUAGCAAACUGCAUCAAAAUAUUUUAGAUAUCAUUUUCCUGAAAAAGAGUUAUUUGAGCUGAAAAAAAUUAUCCUUGGUAAAAUAUCUGGAAAAAAAUGGAGACAACUCCACUAAAACUUAAUUAAAGGCUUAGGUGGUUAUGUACAUAGUAUCUCCUGAAAAGCGUGCACUUUUUACCUCUUGGCAUGAAAAAAUAAUGCAUAAUUAGUAGCAAUUAUAUAUAAUAUAUGUAAAGAUCAAAUCAUUUAAUGCCCUGCGGGAAAGUGAGACAUUUUUGUGGUGAAAUUUGUCAACAAAGAAACAAAGUAUGGGGAAAAUAUCUAGAAAUAUGAGAAAAUCAAAGAAAAUUCAGGACUGUUAUAUACAUGACUGUGUUAUUAUGUAUAGCAGGUAACAUAGAUAGGUUACUUUUGUAUUUCACUGGUAUAACAUGGACAGGAUUUUGAUUGUCUAAUGGUGUUCACUCAAUAAUUUCACUAUAUGUUAUUAUAAACUGUUUGUUUCCCUUGUGUAAAGAGGGCUUAGGGUAAGUCUCUACAUGGACAGAUCGUUUUUACUGUUCUGUUGUAUUGAUAUUUUUAAAGGAUCGGUAAACCAACAUUCAACAACAAAAUGUUAUGCUCACAAGAAUAGAAGAGUUCACAUUAAAUGUGGCAGUUAUUUUGGUAUUAUGUUGGUAGGGAAGUGCUGAGAAUGAUUGAAUAGUGAGACAAUUUCUUUAUACUUAAGUGUUUUUAUGUACUGAAAUGUUUUGUUUUUCAUCUCGGCUUGCAUUCUAAAUGCAUCAAAUUAUAUCUGUCAUUUUGUAUUCUUUUUACUGAGGUUUAGAAUCAUUUUUCAUAAUAGCCUUUGUAUUUUGCAUGCAAUUUUUGCUUUUUAUAAUGUUUACUUGCUUGAUGUCUUUCAUUUGUAACACUAAAUGUUAUAUACAAUUUUGUAAACCCUAACUUGAUUUUGUCAAAAAAAUCAUAUAUUAAGCUCAUAUUUUCUGCAAAAUGUAGGUAGAAAACAGUUUAUUAGUUCUGUAUGACUACAGAGAUUGUUUAUUUAUAUUUUCAUACUUUAUUUUGUAAUUGCUGAAUUUACAAGAACCUAUUCUAAUAUGCAUUUUUUAUAUCUUGAUGCUGAAACAUACUACAUUUUAUCACAUGUUUGAUGUCAUGAGAGUGAAAUAAAGCCAUUGCAUGAUUUUAGUGUUACGCUAGAAUAAUAAAGCUUUGAGGUUGAUGUUCUUUUUAGUAAAGGAGACAUUUGGUGAAUUGUCUUGGUUUAUAUUAGGCAAAGAAAGAAGAAAUUUUGAUGUUUCAGCAGGAAAAGCUUACAUGUGAUAAAUAGAGGAUACUACAUGAGCGGCUUUUCAUAUUCAAUUCAAGACUUGAAUAAAAUGAUAAAAUGUCACACUCUGCUUCUUUAAAACAGGAAGUACAGUUAAGAAAAUAGAAAAUUAUUAAUGCCUUAGGUAAAGAGGCGAAAGAUUUUCUUCUGGAUGAAUCUCAAGUAAAUAUUUUUUUCAUAUUUGUAUUAUAAUGACAGCUUAUAUAUUUUUCAUAUUUGCAGGAUAGGUAAGCGUGUAAAUGUAGUAAUUUGUCUGUGCUGCAUUAAGCAUGACUACAGCUGGUAGAGCUCAUAUUCUUUUAUUCCGAUUUCAAGAAAAUAUGUUGUCAGUGAAGAAAUUGAAUAGCCCAUUAAAGUCGUAAAGGAGAUAUGAAUUGACAUUUUCAGUUAUAAAAUGUUGAAUUGAUUUUCAGUUUGAAAGAUGCUUACGUACUUUACAUUGAUUUGAUUCAAAAUCUUGACAUAGUUUUAACAUGUUAAGGGCAAGACAAUAACCAUUUUGAUCUACUUUCCGUGAUUUUGAAGUACAUAGAUUAGUGGACAGUGUUUAAGGUAUUAGAUCACUAAUAGAGAACCUCCUUUUUGAAGAGUAUUCAAUUCCUAAUAUAAACCUACUUUUACUGCAAUUCUUAGGGGGGCGUAGGUUCAAGCCUUACUGGGACCAGUCUUUUUCCCCCUUAUUUUCCUUUUUUAGCUCGACUAUUCGAAGAAUAAGUAGAGCUAUCCUACUCACCAUGGCGUCGGCGUCGGUGUCGGCGUCGGCGUCGGCGUCACACCUUGGGUUAAGUUUUUCGUACCAGUCCACAUUUUGACAAAGUCUUUUGAGAUAAAGCUUUGAAACUUUCAACACUUGUUUACCAUCAUCAUGGCCAGUUAUAGGCAAGAGCACAUAACUCAAUCAAGGAUUUUGGCUGAAUUAUGGCCCCUUUUGACUAAGAAAUCAUGGUUAAGUUUUUCGUACCAGUUCAUAUUUUGACAAAGUCUUUUGAGGUAAAGCUUUGAAACUUUCAAUAUUUGUUAACCAUCACCAUGUCCAGUUAUAGGCAAGAGCACAUAACUCCAUCAAGGAUUUUGGCUGAAUUAUGGCCCUUUUUGACUUAGAAAUCUGGGUUAAUAUUUCGUACCAGUUCAUAUUUUGACAAAUUCUUUUGAGAUAAAGCUUUGAAACUUCCAACACCUGUUUACCAUCACCAUGUCCAGUUAUAGGCAAGAGUACAUAAAUCCAUCAAGGAUUUUGGCUGAAUUAUGGCCCCUUUUGACUUAGAAAUCUUGGUUAAGUUUUUCGUACCAGUUCUUAUUUUUUGUAAAGUGUUUGACAUAUGGCUUUGAAACUUUUAUCACUUGUUUAGUAUAAUAGUCUCUAUCUGUAGGAAAGAGAACAUAACUCUGUCAUCUAUUUUGGCUGAAUUAUGGUCCUUUUUUGAUUUUGAAAUUGGUUCUGUUUUCAUACAAGUCCAUGUUUUGUCAAAACUAUUUGACAUAUGGCUUUUAAACUUUGAACACUUGUUUAUCAUUAUGAUUUCCAUCUGUAGGCAAGAGUACAUAACUAUUUUGACUGAAUUAUGGCCCUUUUUGGACUUUGAAAUUGGAUCAUAUAGCCAUUUAGUGCAAGACUUAUCGAAAUCAAAGUAAUACAGGAACAUUGUUUGUCUCAUCUAUUUAUUUCUUUUGUCUGAAUAUCAGUGGAAAUAUUUUGACCCCAUUCUUCAAUCAAUUCUUCGAAUAGUCGAGCGCGCUGUCAUCAGACAGCUCUUGUUUCUAGUAAGUUUUUACUUCUUUCAAGACUUAUUAUUGAUUUCUUGUACAAAAAUGGAAGAAGAUGAAUCUCAUUAUUAAGUGAUUUCUUGGUGUUCAAAGUGAGUUUACUACUUAAUUAAACAGAACUUUAAAAUAUUGAGUUACACGCUGUGAAAGUUCUCUAUUUUGCUUUCACUCUUAGAUUUUAUAUUAUGGAAGAAAUUUAGGUAGGUUUUACGUCUGCCCUAAGGUUAUUUUUAAAUGGAGUAAGCAAAAUUCAAAAUAGAAACACAGCAUUCGACCUUAUUUUUUCAAUGAUAAAGUAUGAAUUCUAUCUCAUUAUAUCUGUUUACUUGAGGCACCGUAGAAAAUAUGAUAUUGACAUUUUUAUUUUUUGUUUUAUAAUUGUUUACCAAUAGUUUGAUGUUUCUUUUAUUAAAAUUAAUGGUAAAAUGAGUUCUCUGCAAACGUUUUGGAUAGUGGUUAUCACUUUGAAAUUUGUCUCUACUUGAGCUUGAGGAGAUACCAUAAGUUAUACAAAAUUUAUAAAAAACGGCAUGAUAAAAGUUUUUAAAAAUUGCAAAAUAGUGCAAAACACAGUUACCUUUCAGAAUAUACCAAGCAAAGUCCAUUUUGUAAACAUUACUAUUAGUGAUCUAAUACCUUAAUUAACCGUGACUUAUUAUUGCGAUUCAGCAAUUAAAUUUGAGAUACACCUAGUUUUGACAAUAUAAACGUAUCCUUAAUUUCUGAAAAAUUGGCCAAUUUUGUGGAAAAUGACUUCUGGUUUGUUGGGAUGGACGUGGACAUGGUGUAACAAUUGGGUUUUGUUUACACAAGCUGUGACUUUUGUAUGACUUGAUUUACAGCACAAGCUUCUCGUGCACAUGUGACAGUGGUCAUGCUUCAAGUAGCACAGAAACAUAUUGAUAUUUUUAGCUCACCUGUCACGUAGUCACAAGGUAAGCUUUUGUGAUCGCCAUUCCUCCGUCAUGCAUAGUGCAUCGUGCGUCAUGUGUCAACAAUUUCUAAAAAGUCUUUUUCAAAACCACUGGGCAGAUUUACACCAAACUUCACAGGAAUGAUCCUUGGGUGGCCCUCUUUUAAAAUUGCCCAAAUAAUUGAAAUCCAUGCAGAACUCUGGUUGCCAUGGCAACCGAAAGGAAAAACUUGUGCGAAACCACAGGUCCUAGGGCUUUUGUAUUUGGUAUGUAGCAUCACUUAGUGGUCCUCUACCAAGAUUGUUCAAAUUAUCCCCUAGAAUCAAAUAUGGUCCUGUCCUUGGGGUCACAUGGUUUACAUAGACUUGGGAAAACUGUGAAAAUCUUCUUGUCCAAAACCUCAGGGUCUAGGGCUUUGAUAUUUGGUAUGUAGCAUUUAUUCAAAUAAUCCCCCUAGGGUCAAAUAUGGCCCCGCCACGGGGUCACAUGGUUUACGUAGACUUAUAUAUUUAUAUAUCUUGUCCAAAACCUCAGGGUCUAGGGCUUUGAUAUUUGGUAUGUAGCAUCAUCUAGAGGUCCUCUACCAAAUUUAUUCAAAUAAUCCCACUAGGGCAAAUAUGGCCCCGCGUUGGGUGUCACAUAAGACUUAUAUAGAGAAAAACUAAAAAUCUUCUUGUCUUAAACCACAGGGCCAAGGGCUUUGAUAUUUGGUAUGUAGCGUUGUUUUGUGGUCCUCUACCAUGAUUGUUCAAAUUAUUACCCUGGGGUGAAAAGAGGCAUUUUGCCCCGGGGGUCCCUAGUUUUACAUAGACUUUUAGAAGAAAAAACUUUUAAAAACUUCUUGCCUGAAACUGCAAGGCUUAGGCUUUUUAUAUUUGGUAAGUUGCAUUGCCUAGUGGUCUACAACCAAAAUUGUUCAAAUUGUGCAUCUUGGGUGAAAAGAGGCCAUGUCCUGGGGUUCCUAAGUUUUACAUUGGCUUAUAUAGGAAAAAACUUCAGAAAUCAUCUGAAAGUUCAAGGCCUAGGCCUUUGAUAUUUUGUAUGUAUCAUUUCCAAGUUGAUCUUUAACAAGAUUGUUCAAAUUAUGCCCCUGGGGUAAAAAGAGGCCCUGCCCCGGGGGUCACUUGUUAUAUGAGUUAUAUAGGAAAAAGUACUUUCUAGACUGUUGAAUUAUAUUUACCUGAUGAUCCCAAGUGAUAAGUAGUCACCCAACUGUGACCUUGACAUACUGACCUGCUUUCUUGUUUUUUAAGAAUCUGAUACAGGCUUGAAGUUUUGUUGACAUGUACAGUUUUGCACACCGAUCUUAAAACUGACUUAGUUUGACAUUUGAAACAUGCAGCUAACAUUACUAAGGUGAGCGACCCAGGGUCAUCAUGACCCUCUUGUUAUUAUAAAGGAUUUAAUAAUGAUAUAUUUAUAUCAAGGUGCUUCAUACAGCUUACAAGAAUAAAAUAUUUGCUUUUUA